CGAGCAACUUUUCCAAAAUUUUGCUUCUUUUUAGCAACUUUGAACAAAUAGUCCGGAACCAUAACUUAGAACAUAUUUAUACUCCAAUGUGAACCACUUGAAUAAACAAAAUUCCUCCAGAAUCGCCGUGUGCAAAAAUUAUGCCAUGUAUAGUGUUGUGUUGUUUGAACUUGUUUCAAAUAUUAACCAUGAUCUGAUCAUCUGACCCUGACAGAGUGCGGGCGCUUCUAGCCGAUGAUAUACCAGAAACACUAAUAGAUCAGUGGUCGCAAAGCUGUCAAUCAAAUAUGGCGGACGUAUUGUCGUCAAAUUCAAGCAAACCCAAUUCAACUGGCAAUAAAUAAAGGAGCCAAAUUACAGAGCCUGAUCGAGCUGCUAUUUCGAGGAAGCGGAAAUCGUAAAAAACAGUGGGAAAUACAAGGCAAGUCGUGUGAAAAAUCACUCCAAAAAUGAUACCUGUGUUUGGGACAGACUAAAAGAUUUCCCUGGUCAACAUUUCGUCAACGAAAAUGGGCAGUUACGAUGUAAUGCCUGCAGUGAGAUAAUUAGUAUUAAAAAAAGUUCCAUCGAGAAGCACAUCCAAUCGAAAAAACAUGUAAACGGAAUUGCAAGCAUCGCCAAAAGCAAAAAGGAGAACCAGACUAUUUUGGAGUGUUUAAAAAAGCAAGAUAUACGCGAUCGUGCGAGCGGCUCAACUUUACCUGAGGAUAUGAGGCUGUUUCGUUUUGAACUAGUAGAGACGUUUCUGCUAGCUGGUAUAGAAAUUUCAAAGAUUGACAUCAUGCGUCCUUUUCGUGAAAAGUAUGCUCGGCACAGGUAAUAAAUGGGACAUUAGCACUAGAAUAUAAUGUUGUAAUUUGAUAAAAGAUCUCUAAGACCUUAUGUUAAAUGAAAUUUACGAUGUGGUGGUUGCUGCAUCUUGGGUAGGUGUGGAAAACACAACACCACGUAUCAUGAUUAAUGUGUAAUUGAAUAGUGGUUAAAUAUUCAUUGAUUAUAUAGGUUAACCGGCGCUAGCCACAUGAAAGAUAUCAUUCCAUCGGUACUCGAGAAAGAACGGGAGAAAAUCAAAGCUGAAAUCCAAAGUAUCUAUGAUAUUUGAUGGAACAGCCCGACUUGGCGAGGCUCUUGCAAUUGUGAUACGUUAUGGGCAGGAGAAUUUCAAGCCUAUGCAGCGCCUAAUAUGCUUGGAAGUUCUUGCAAAGCCGCUAAAGGGUUCAGAACUAGCGCAGCGAUUGAUGUCGUGUCUUGCCGUAAAUCAUAACUUUGGUCCAAAUAUGGUACUCGCCACAAUGAGAGAUGGCGCUGCAGUUAAUGGGGCAACAAUCCUAACAUUUUUUAUGUUACUUGUUUUUCUCAUACCAUUGAUAAUGUGGGAACCCAUUUAAAAUUUAGAGUUCUGGAUAUAUUUUUUUGCCAUUGGAUAAGUUUGUUUGCCAAUAGCUAUAAUGCCAAACUUCUUUGGAAAGAGAGAACUGGCCAAUCAAUGCGCUCUUACAGUAAUACACGAUGGUGGAGUAAGUGGGAGGUCCAAAAACAAGUCUAUGAAUAUUUUGGUGAUGUCGUGCCCUUCCUGUGAGAAAAUGAGAAUCUCUCCCCUGCAACACGCCAACAUGUUUUGGAGAUAAUUGACAACCCUCGCGAUCUUCAGGAUCUCCGUUUGGAGCUUGCUGUAAUUGUUGAUGCUGGUGUCCAAUUUGUCAAGGCAACCUACUAUUUGGAAGGUGACGGGCCGUUAAAUUUUCUCCUGUUACGAGCGUUUAUCAGCUGUUAGUAAUGCCAUUGGAGUAGCCAAUUUUCCAAAUGCUAUUGCUCGAGAAAUUGCCAACGGUGACGUUGUGGUUCAAAACCAGCUCAUUACUCAGGCAAAAGCAUGUGUGCAACCCGGACUGCUCUUUUUUCAGGAAAAGUUCAGCGUGCAGUUCCACACAAUUGUUCGCGCUUUUAAGGUAUGCCUGUUAUUAACUCGCAUUCAUUGUGGAAUUACAUGUUUACGUGAAACUAAUAUUUGAUUUAUCCUUGUUAUAUUCAUUUCGAAAUCAGAAAAAGUCUAAAUUUAUUUUAAUAAUAAUUAUAUUAUUACCGUUAUUAUUAUAUUGUAAAGGUCGCACGUCUUUGUUGCCCAGUUCAAGUCCAACAACUAAAGCCAGAUCCUGCUGCACUCGAAGAAUUUAGCAACUUUCCAUUCGUGAAUGACAACACAAUAGCCAACUUAGCUAAUGAGUUGCCAGAUUAUCUUGCGGCUGUUGAUGGCGUCACUUUAGGCAAUGAAGAUGAAAAAGUUACCUGGUGGGCAGCACAACGCGAGACUUUACCACACUGGUCAGCUCUGGUGAAGAAGUUGCUUCUAAUCCAGCCUAGCUCUGCUGCUGCUGAACGUGUGUUUAGUUUGCUUAACAGUAUGUCAUCGCAACAGGGAAACUCACUCGAAGAUUACAUUGAGGCAUCUGUUAUGGUCCGCUAUAACAGCACUCAAAGAAAGCACUAG